CUCUCGCUCUCUAAAAGACACAGAGAAUACACAAUAUCUUGUGUCAACACUGGGUUUAUAUUCCUCGCAUCCGCUUUGGUCUCUGAAUUGUAUUCAGCGUAAAUCUAUAAAGGGAUUUUCUGGGAAAAAGCCUGUUAGUUUACCAGACAGAUUCAGGGGCGGGAUUGGUGUGGACGGGAAAACUGCUUGCUCACCCUAUAUCAGCAGGAGUGCAUGAGUCAGCGCUUGCUCUGUUACACCCAGAGCUGUUGCGACACACACAUGCACGCACACACAUACAUACACACUCAUUCUCCCUCCCUGUCUCACCCCCCCUCUCACAUACCCACACACAGGCCAUAUGACUGAGUCAAGCUCAGUUUUUAGUUUGUAGCUGAGUUGAGAUAAGGCUUUCCUGGAAGCGUAGCCUAGUUGGACAACAUUCCGUUUAGAAAUAACCAUGUGUACUCGACAGCUGGGACUUUCUUUAACACUCUAAGAAACUUGGAUAUAUAAAGUCAGCUUUGUAAGGUGUCCCAGAUGGCCAUGUCUGCUCCCCGGUCAUCUGUGUUUACAUUUGAAUCUUCAGUGCAUUCCUCUCAUGUGCUGCACUGCCUGGACGAGCAGCGCCGCCGGGACAUGUUGUGUGAUGUUACGGUGGUGGUGGAAGGUCAGAGUUUCAGAGCCCACCGCUCUGUGCUCGCCUCAUGCAGUGAAUACUUCACACACAAGAUCUCCUCCAUAUCACAGCAUGGAGCGGUCAUCACUCUGCCCCAAGAGGUGACAGUGGCUGGUUUUGAACCCUUGCUGAAGUUUGCCUACACAUCCAAACUUCUCUUUGGGAAAGACAAUGUUGUAGAAAUACGCAACUCAGCUUCAAUUCUUGGUUUCAGAGACCUAGAUGAGGCAUGCUUUGAUUUUCUCCUCCCCAAGUUCUUUAGUAACAAGGGCUCUGCCCCUCUCCUGAGAAAAGUGUGCUGCACGAAGAAGUGUAAGAGGCGAUUAUCAAAGGAAGAGCUUGGUAUGAUCUCCGAUGAGUUAAUGUUGGAUGAGAAAGACGUAAAACCAGUUGAUGACUCACCAUCUCAGCAGGAAGUGGCUUGGCCCUGUAACAAAUCAGUAAACAGCAAAAUGGAAUGUCAGAACAGUGCAGGUACUUUUACACCUGUAGCUGAAGGGAUAAAUGAUCAUUUUAUGCAGUGUCCAAAGUAUCGCAGACAGCUGGCAUGCGGAAAGGAAACUUGUGUCUUGAAGAAAGUUGUGAAAAAUGCAGUCAUGGUAGGCAGGAAUGACUGUGAUCUCUCCUGCCUUGCCCUUUCCAGGGAUGCCAGCAGUAAGAACGAAACUGAGAUUGAGACUGGAAGCACAACCACAAAUCCCACCAGACAGAACAAACAAGAGAAUGAUGACCCAUGGAAAACUGAAAUACAUGACGAGAAAAAAGCAGCUGGUGUUGGAGAAAGGGAGGUUGAUAUGCUUAAGAAAGAAAUAAAUGACAGGCAUGGAAAAUGGAGUGAGAAGAAAACAAAUAUGGAUAUGGAGGAAGACUUUUCAGACAGAUCCAGUGUCAAGCCAGUCCUCUCGGGGUCAAGCACAGAGCUGGGUGAAGGGUCAUCGGGGUUAAUAUUGCACCAUUGCCCACCGAAGACCUUUGGUGAAGGCCAUGCAAUCACUGGGUCACUGGGGCAUGAGAGGUUUGCCACAGCCAUUGCAGAGGACAAGAAAAAAACAGACUCUGGUGUACUGGAGCCAAUGUCCAUUCAUAAAAAGGCAGAGGAACUGGUAGAGGGGAAAAUGACAGAUGAAGAGAUAGACCCUGGCUGGCUACAAAGAGGGAAAAAAGGACAUGCAGGCAACAUGGAGGGAGCAACCCCAUCUGUAAAUAGUGCCAGAGAAAGGAGCAUUGUGGAAAGGGAGGUGGCCGAGCACCUGGCCAAACGGCUGGGGACCGACGUGGGUCUCUCUAAGUUGAACUGCCAGGACCCUGAUGCAGGAAGUUCCUCCGAUUCAGGGAGUGGACAAGCACAGAGAACCUCUCUAGAGUGGUUGAACUUCCACGUCAACCUCAGCUCCUCAAGCACAAGCUGUCCCUUUUUCCAGGAUCUGCAUCAAAGCAAAUGUUUAUGGAAAGGAGCAGAGCCGUCUGAGUACGAGGGGGCGUCUCAGUCCGGUGUGUCGUCCCUCAACUCGGGGGAGGAUGGUGACUCAGAGACAGAAACAGAAGGAGACAGCGAGUCUUACACAAGAGAGAGGGCCAGACAGGUGCAGUUGCCAUUUUCUGCAGACUGGAUUGUGGAUCUGAGCAGAAAUGACUUCCAACAACUGCUGAAACAACAGGCCUUCACGCGCGAACAACUAGAGUUUGUCCAUGAUAUGAGACGGCGCAGCAAAAACCGCCUCGCAGCUCAGCGUUGCCGCAAGAGAAAACUAGACUGCAUUUAUAAUCUGCAGUGCGAAAUCAACAAGCUGAAGGCUGAGAGGGAGAAACUGAUGACGGAGAAGAGCCAGCUCGGCCAGCUGAAGCUGAAAACGUAUCACAGUGUCUCUGCUUUAUGCCAGAGGGUCUGCAACGAAGCCAACCUGCAGCCAGAGCAGCUCCAGGUGUUUGCCAAAUACACCUCCCCCGAUUGCCCUCUGUCCUCUCUCAUUCCUCACCUAGACACACUCCUUUCACAGCAUGGUGUGCCACCACUGGCCCAGGCUUCACCCUCAGUCAGUUCUGUGGGCCCUGAUGAGUAUAUGGCCUCUGAGGAGGACACAGAUACAGGAGAUGGUCAACGUUAACUUUGGAUGGAUACACAUACAGCACUCAUGCUGCAGCUGUGUACAAAACCAGUAGCAUCCACCCUGUAUCUAAAGACAUUACCACAGGCUGAGUACAGGCUGUGAAUUAAAGCAAUGGCAUCCAUGUGAUCACAUCAUAGUAUGACAAUACAUACAGAAGGUUGUUAUCAGCACGUUUAAUUAACUCCUGCUACCUUUUUAAUUUAAAAAAUAAGACUUUUUUUAAGAUGUUUAGAAGUCAGGGGUCCAUGCCGGGUCUUGAAAACCAUUUAUUUCUUUAUCACCAAUUAUAAAUCUUGGAUGGCCAGUUUUGCAACUGGCUUAUCACAGUUUGUUUUCUGGUUAAAGGCUAAAGGUACCCCCAGAACCAGAGCGCAUGUUGAGAUUGAAAGGCAGCAAUGGUCUUUAUAUACUGUAUAUAUGAUGUCAUGUGCUGCUUGAUUACCUCAGGAUAACACAACUUCUCAUAUGUAUUUUAAUUGUUUUAUAAACAGUUGGAUACAGCAAGGUUCUCAGGUGUUAAUAGGAAAAUUCAGCCAACAGUACCUCUUGCAGACAGUGUUGGUUCUGCCUAUGAGAAGUACAACACAAAACAGCAUUUUGCACCAAAACCAGACAACUUAAACAAACAAAUAUGCUUGACAUACUGUGUUUACACUCUUUUUGUAUGUCUGACUGCCAUAUUUGUGAGCUAUGUGAGCUGUGUCACUGUGGUCAUCUGACCACAGUGACACAGCUCCUUUUGGUUGCACACACACCUCUCAGAGCUUUGCUCUGACUCGCUAAAACUAACCUCACACAUUUGUCCAGAUAUGUUUGACGUCUAAAGAACUUGCACAUUAGCAAACAAAGAGGAUUUUUAAGAGAAAAGCUCCCUCACACUCUCUAAUGAAAUUAAGUGAAAGUUUUACAGUAAUGUGGCAGGUGCAGGACUAUUUUUAUUUGAUGGAAAUAUUGUGCAUUACCAACAACCUGUUAUCUUUAAUAACCUUAUCUAAAUUACUGUCAAGGUUCAAGUGAACAAUCUAGCAAGAAUCUAUUGAUGAAAGCAGUACAAAAAGAUUUAUGUUUAUAAUUUCUGUUUUAUGUCCUAUCACUAGCACAAUUUUUUCUUUCUUUGUUUUCAUUAGUCUGUUUUCUGUAGCUUUUCUGUUGACUUUCACCGAUUUUUUCUCUGCUUAUUGUCGAUAUUUGACAUCUAAGAGGCUUUACAGCUUCUCUUCCUGAUUCCUCUUGAUCAUGUUUCACUGUAUCAUAUGUGCAUAUGUUUAUAUAUUUAUUCUCACUCAUGAUAAUCAUCACAGUGCAGCUGUUCUUAAAAUAAUUUCUCGACAGUAUGAAGUGAUUGCUGCUGUAAAUACACAUUCAAAAAUCAGUUAGGCCUAUGACUUUGAAUGAUUGUUUUUUUUCUCCCACCACACUGACUUCAGACUGCACAUUCAGCCAAAGUGAAAAAUGAUAACGCUGGUGCUUAUUGCCCUCUAGUGGCAGUGCAUGUACAGUAAAGAGGCUCAGAGCUGCAUAUACCCUAUGUGUGUGUACUUCAAUUUAUGACAAUUUGCUGUUCUACUUUAUUUUGAGGACACAAAAAUCACUGUAUCUUUCUAUGACCAUGUCCUAAUAGAUUCUUGCAUUUUUGUAAGCAGAAGUGAAACAGAGCCAAUAAACAUUUUAAAAAAAAAGAUGCUCCCACCAGUAAAAUGAUUUGUUAUUUUCCUCCACUAAUCAAGAUGUUUGUGCAGUGCAGUGUAGUGUUAUUAAAGACCAUCAGUAAGGUUAAUGAGAUGUAAAAUCUGCCAGUAUUCAGUGUGAGUGAUAAAUAGCCAAGCUCAUGAGGUCUUCGGAAGACUCAUCUUUCAACUUGGACAGUUAUAUUAAUGAUUUAAUACCACACUUAGUCUUUCAUGUUUCUCUCUCUUAAAAUUUCAGUCACUCAAUCACUCACUCCUCUCUGUCACUUUUAAUUUACUUUCCAAGCUCUUCUUUUGCUUGUUCUUCACUCCCUCUCUUUGCCUCGUUUUCUCUCUCUCUCUCUCUCUGGAGUUUAUUUUAAUUAGAUGUUUAUUUCAUCUCUCAGUUUUCCUUUAUGUAAGCAAACAAAGCAUAAUAAUCAGAUACAGCAGAUAAUCACAUUGAAACUAUGCUAAGAUCUGUAAAUCACAGCAAUGUUGGUCAUUCUCACUGGCUAUUCAUGAGCUUAUCAUAAAGAUAGAAUUAAAGGUAGAUCAACUUAGCCUAAUAGAUUUUGGCAUGAGGGAGUGGGAACUGAGAGUUACUGAGGUCCCAGGGCUUAAAGAUAAGAAAGCCACCCUAAUAGAUGAGAUCAUUCGCUUGGGAAGACAUGUGUUGGUGUUCACACGCUGUCGUUAGGUUUCACAUCCAGUCAGUCUUAGGUGGCUGCACUUUUAAUGUGUGUGUGUGUGUUUGUGUGUGUGUGUGUGUGUGUGUGACAUCCAAAAGUGUUUAUCUCUGUGGGCUUUUUGUAGAAAUGAGACAUCAUGGGGGAGACAUUGUGUGAGUCAGCGCUAGCGAUAUGUCACCUUAUUAGGCCAAAAAGUUCAUUUAGCAUGAUUCAAAAUAUAGAGAGAAGUUAGCAAAUGAAAUACAAAAGAAAUGAAAAAGCAUGGGUUAUUUCCAGCCAAUCAGCAUGCAUAACUUUGUGUGAAUUUUCAAGUUUCUGUUCAAGUGAAUAAAAUGCCUGCUGUGCUACUAAUUUGACAACAGAUGGCACCACAUGAGCAAUUACUGAUAGUGAGAGCAGGGCGACAGACAUUCAGAUCAUAUCUUAAGUCUCUUCUGUCGUCUUAGCUGAAUUAUGUAACUUUCCAAAAGACUGUUGGUUUACUUGUGAUUAAGCUUUUUGAAUGUGUGCUGGUGGCUCUAACAGAGAGCCAUCAGCACGCAUUCAAUCUGUGUCUGUCUGGGAAAUGUCGAGUGUUAAAAUGUGACUCGUGUGAUGUGUCUGCUUCUGUUUGCCUGCAUGCUCUCCUGAUGAGCUGUCUGCAACCUUUUGUUGUGCCAAGAUUGAAGCAUCCCUUCUUUUCCGUCACAUUUUCUUACUACCUGCUUCUCUUCAGUAUCUCUCUCCUUCUCUCUCUUUCUCUCUGAGAGAAUAUGUGGGUGUUUUCAGUAGGUGGUUCUCUGGCAGAGCCUGAGAACUGCAGCGAACACAAUAUGCUGGGCUCAUAAUCCCAGUAAUGAAUAGUUAGAUCUCUGCCAGUUGGUGUCACGGGAAGAGUUAACAGACCAAAACUUGGAGAAAAUUCCUCCAAAAUGAAAUUAAAGUUUAAUUGUAUUGUUUUAUCUUUUAAUUACAUCUUUUGAAAUGUAAUCACCCCUCCCACUCUUCACUUCAUCAACAUUACCGAAGUGAGCAGAGUUUCUUAAACCAUGUGCUUCAUUAAUGUGAGCAUUAUUUAUAUAUUUUUUAAAUAUUGUUAGAUGAAUUUCAGGUGACAAACUACUUCCAAAGUGGUUAUGUUGCAUCUUCGAAUCUUUUCACGGACUUGUAGUGAUGUGUUAAUGCAAGCCAAGAGCAGAUGACCAAAUCUAAUCCCUCCGGCGGAGAAUAAUCCACGCAGGCAUGUGGCUCCCUAAUGAGAACCUGGGAGUCCUGGAUCAGCCUGGGGACACAAAAACACUUCUCAAAAUCAAGUGAUAACAUUUUACAGCUGAUUUGCUGUCUCUUACAGUGAUUUGUUAAGCUGACAGUAGAUUAAAAUGGUAAAAUGGUGUAAAAUGGUUUCUUCCAGAUUCAAGGUUAAAUGGCAUGAAUGCAUUUCAGGGUCACAUUAUAAGAACAAAUCAAUGAAUGAAAGUUACAAAAACAGGGACACAUGUGAAAUUGGUUAAUUACUUGUUACAACUUUAUAAUAAAUCACUUGUGUAAUCAGAUGAAUGCAUGCAGUUCACUUAUGGGAAACAUUCAAU